AUGAAUUCCAGGAGUAAAAACUCUAACGAUCGUCCUGGUCGUGGCAAGCGUCAUCUAGCUCUUCAGCUGCAACAGUUCGGGCUUGGAGAUGCCAAGAUCAUCGCUCUAUCCACGUCACUUCGAGAAUUCCAGGCCAUCCAGGUCUUAGACCUCAGCGACAACCGCUUAACCGACGCUUCUAUCAUCCCGUUUGUCGACAACUCCUCGCUAAAGUCCGGGUGUAUGCUCACUGUGCUCAACCUGAGCAAGAACGAAGUUGGUCGGGAAGGGUGUAAGCAGAUCGCCCGCUUUCUGGCUGUCUGCAGCACUCUCACAUACUUGGAUCUAUCCCAUACAACACUGGGCGGCGACGACGAGGCGUUUGCUCCUGUUGCGGCUGCAAUUGAGUCACAUCCGUCCUUGAAACGAGUCAAUCUUUCGCAUAACUCGCUCGGUGAGCGUGGAGGAAUCCUGCUCGGUGCGAUGCUGACGACACCCACUUGCAACGUGCGGGCGCUGGACGUGUCUUGGAACAGCAUUCGACGUACUGGUGCUGUGGCUUUGGGGAUCGCGAUGCGCACCAACACUUCGUUGCGAACGCUUCACAUGAGCAUGAACCGAUGUGGGGACGGAGGUGGAGAGCAAUUGGCAGCGGCGCUGGCAUGCAACACGACGCUCACGCAACUCGAUCUAUCGCACAACGCACUGACCGGAGCGAGUGCCGUGGCCUUCGGCUUCUUCUUGCGUCAAAACCGCUCUCUACAGACGCUGGACAUGAAGGACAACAGCCUUGGAGAAAUCGGAGCUCGCGCUCUUCUGCGUGCUAUUGCGUUGGGCUCGCGCUGUGAGAUCAACUUGUCUGUUCACGACCUGGAAACUUCAUCUGUUGGCUCGACUCGAGCUGGCAACACGUCCGCCAUCUUCGAUGCCAGGCUGCCGUCUGCGUCUUCUCCAUUUGAGCUCAGGAUAGGGGAAUCUCCUUUUGCCUUCGCUGUCGCGAGUGAAUUGCUCGAUGCUGCGUUGAUUCAAGGAAGGUGCGCGCUCUCAGACAUCAGCUACGAAGAGGAUGGAGGCAGAGGCGAUUCAGCCCGGGCCAAGUCGGCCAAGAGGAGGUUCGUCUUGGCCGUAGACCAGGAGCGUCGCUGUCUCUACAGCGUAGCGGGCUCGAGCAAAGCACCUUGGAAGCUGCCUGCGAGGGGAACUCUGCGUGCAGCAGCGACAUUCCUGCCCCCACCGCUCCCCCGCGGGCCUGUGUCUUGGCUAGACGAGGACUCCUGCCUUGGCCUCAUCCACAUCGUCAAACGCGGCUUCUCCUCGCGCGAUAUGAUCAGUCUAUUGGACUUGGUGCUCGCGGACCUGCAGCUAACGACCACGCAAGCCUCGUUCUUCGUAUCUCAUCUGCACCCUUCGUUGCCAAAGCUGGAGCUCCUUGGCCGACUGUGGCCGUGUUUAAUUGACGGCGAUAACGUCUUCAGCUUCCUGCAGCAGCACUUGACUCAAGCGGAGCAGUGGAAACUCAUCGAUCGCUUCGGCCCGGUCACCAUGCAGUUCUCGACCGCAAACCCAACGGGCCACUGGACACUGACACUCCGAGAUACGCGCCAUCGCAAGCUGGCACUCUGGUUCGCCUCGUUGAACGCCCACCACGCGGCCACCCUGGCCCGAUACCAUCCCAAGCGGACAGACUGCAGUCAAUACGGCCGCGGCUUCUACUGGCGCAACGUCUUCUUCAACCAAAAGCCCAUUCAGCUCACGUACACAUUCUUCGAUCGACUGCCGUACGAAGGAAUCCUCGAGUUCGACUACGUCUCGCCGAUCCGGCCCGAGGACAAGUACAUUGAAGACCACAGCUUGGACUUCCCGGAGAAUUCAGAGCUCGACCAGAGCCUAAUUCAGGCAACACAGACGGCAAUGACAGACCAGGAGCUGGCCACUUUGCUAGCUCAGGUCGGCGCUGAGGUCUGCGCGAUCUACGUGCCCGUCCACAAGCGGCAGAAUCUCAAGUAUCACCUGGUACUGUUCCAUCUCGCCAUCGCCGGCCGACGGAUACUCACACGACAAGCCCACCACGUUCUCCAGCACUUCCCGAAGAACUACGAGUCAGGCCGACUGCGCGCGUUGGUGGCCAUGCACCACGCGAUUGUCGACUUGGAGUGCUUUGGUGAGUUACUCGAGCGUCUCGCGAUGACUGAUCGGCCACGAGUGUACGUGGGUUUGGGCUAUUUGAGCACGAUCAUGCCGCUGGCUGUGGACAUGGACUUCGAGGUGGACUUCACUCGCGACGACGAGAAGAUGUUGCUACGUGCGCUUGUGGACUUGUCGAUCUCGUGCCCCAUGGACAUGAUCCGGAUCGACAGCACGCGGUCCACCGUCCUCAUCAUCUACUCCAUGUACCAAACCAACACCAUCCCCGCUGCUGGCCGCAUCUGCUUCCGCUACGUCACGCACCAAGCUGCAAACCGUCUCGAGUGGCUGCGCGCUCGUCAACAGAUCUACCGCCACUUUCUCUGCGGCGACCGGUUGAAGAGCUUGAGCGACACUGCGGCACUCGCACUGGCAGCGAAUGCUGGUAACAACGAUAACAGUAGCAGCGCCACCGCUGGAGGUACUGGUACAAUCGGCAACGCAAUAGAAAGCGGGAACCCAGCGACAUCUCCAGCCUAG